AUGCCCUUUGCUGACAUACUGGCCAUCAUUGGAGGAAUAACUGUUGUUUUCUACCUUCUGAAACUCACUUGGAGAUGUUGGUGUGGAUUUAGAGAGUUUGUUUUAUCAGCAAAGUGGCAAGUGGACUUAAGGACAUACGGACAAUGGGCUGUUGUCACUGGUGCCACGUCUGGCAUUGGUAAAGCGUAUGCCCUUGAGCUGGCACGAAGAGGCCUGGAUAUUGUUUUAAUAAGCAGAUGUGAUAACAAGCUUCAAAUUGUUGCCAGAGAGAUCGAGGAUGCUUAUGGAAGAAGGACUCAAACCAUUCCAGUGGACUUCACACAUGGCUACAGUAUCUACCCUGCUAUAGCCAAGAAAUUACAAAGCCUGCAGAUUGGAAUUCUGGUUAACAAUGUGGGAAUGACCAGUACUAAUGGUUUUGCCUAUUUCCUGGAAACACCAGAUGCCGAACAGAAAAUCACUCAGGUUAUCAACUGUAACAUACUGUCUGUCCCUCAGAUGACCAGACUGGUUCUUCCAGACAUGGUUAAACGAGGGAAGGGGUUGAUCAUCAACAUCUCAUCUAUGGCGGGUGUCCUUCCACAGCCUUUGUUGACACUUUAUUCUGCCACCAAGACUUUUGUAACAUAUUUCUCUCAGUGUCUCCAUGCAGAGUACAAGUCAAAGGGAAUUACUGUUCAGUGUGUGGCUCCCUUGCUGGUGUCCACCAAUAUGACAAAAAACAUGAAAGUCAACAGCUUCAUGAAGAGCGCUACAGCGUUUGCCCGUGAGGCUUUGAACACUGUGGGUCACUCCAGCUGCACCACCGGCUGUCUAUCCCAUGCACUCCAGAAUGCAGUUCUCACCAGACUCUUGCCAGACUGUCUUCGGAUGUCGACAUUCCUCAUUAGGAGACUACGAAGUUCAUGUAAGAAAAAGGAGAGGACCAGUGAAAAGGAGUAG